AUGGUGUACUAUCGUCGUUUAGGAUGGCAAAUGGCUUCAUUACCAUCGGAACAAAUCAAAGCGUUUAGAAAUCGUCUGUGGCUUGAGACGCAGCACUUUGAUCCUCUGAAUCGACGUGGAAUUGUCUUGCCAUUAUUUGAUGGUAUUGCUUUCUUAGGGUUAUCGCUCAUAUUGGAGCUACGUCGUCUACAAGUGACACUACCAGUGGAAAUUCCACACUGUGGAGAUUUGAGUGUGACAUUUCAACGCAAAGUACUCGAGCAGCACGAGAAUGUGAAAUUCCUAGACGUUUGUGACCUGGCAGUCAAUGCACAAACAGACACACGACCCCUCUUUUGUGUGGACCUCGCACACUGUUAUGACAAAUUCCAGAGUUUUGACAUUAAAGUGCUCGCACUUGUGUACUCUCGGUUUGAAGAAAUCAUGUUGCUGGAUGCAGACACCUUGUUUUUCCAGAGUCCAAUGUCGUUGUGGGAGACCAGUAAAUACAAGAACACGGGGACGCUGUUUUUUAACGAUCGAAUCAGCUACGACUUGUCGUAUUUGGCCAAGAGAAUGGUCUCUGAUGAAAAGCUGCAAGUUCAUACCAGUGUUGGAGCGCUGCAUCAAUUCUUGGCAGGUUUCGAUGUCACUCCGUAUCGUCCAUUUAGGACCGUUGACGACGGUGAGUUGCGGCCUCAGCUCUCAAAACGUCUCUUAGGACUCGAGUUUGGUUUCCAACCUAGUUCAUUUUUGCUAAACUCGCACGUCUGGAAACUACGUAGUGGCCAUCAGAUGGACUCAUCGCUGCUGUUGUGGAACAAAGCACGUCAAGCUCGUGCGACAGUCAUCUUGGCAUCUUUCAUUUCACUGGAUGGAUUACCAACCGCGCCAUCUUAUGGUGACAAGGAGCUGUAUUGGCUGGCGUGCGAGCUUGCUGAGACUGCAUACGCCUUCUCGGAUUUUGCUGUUGGUGCUGUAGGCUGGGAUCUUGUCACUAUUGGUCAUGAAAAUGACGGUGUGUUAUGCGGAGAUGCACUGCAGCACUACCCAGUGCAGCUGGAUCCGACCAAGGGGCCCAGAGCAGACGUUGAGCCGCUUUACAUGAAUAGCAAUAAUAUUUUGGAGUGGGGUCGAGAUUCUCGCCGCUUGUACCGCACGGCUGCUCGGCCAGCCAAGCACUAUCCAGGAUCCUUCACAGACCGAAAGCUGCUACAGACUUGUCCAUUUAACGUGACAACAUUGGACCUCGCACCGAAAGAAGUAAUGCUACUACAGCAACGACAGCAGUACUACGAUAUGGUGGCGGAUUGGAACGGGCGGUACUGGUUUGCCUAA